AUGAAGGUUUGUUUCAGUAUUGUUCAUGUAACUGCAGUGGCAUUCUUACUUGUGGUGCUUAAUUUGUUCCCCAGUUGUGGAGCUGUGGAGGAGUUUUUUCCUGAUGAAAGAAAUGCAUUGAUUCAACUGAGGGAGAUUUUCAGUUCUUCCAAUGGCAAUCUGCAUGGAAAUUGGACAGGUCCCCCCUGUUAUAAGAACCAGAGCAGAUGGGCAGGAAUCGGUUGCUCAAAUUCGCAUGUCACACAUAUUGUACUCGAUGGACUAAACCUCAAAGCCUCCCUUCCAACAAUGCUGCUGCAGAAUGUGACAUUCUUGACUAAGAUCAGCUUCAGAGACAAUUUCUUGUAUGGUCCUCUCCCCAAUCUGUCUAGUCUCCAGGACCUGGAAUUCUUGUUUCUUUCGAAUAAUCAUUUCUCAGGCCCCAUACCGGUUGUUUAUGCUCAACUGCCUAAGCUAAUCCAAUUGGAGCUGCAAGUGAACUCUCUACAAGGUUCAAUUCCACCAUUUGAUCAAGCAACGCUGAUUAAUUUCAAUGUCUCUCAUAAUCAACUUUCCGGCCCAAUACCAGAAACAGCAGCCCUCAAAAGAUUCCCAAAGAGCUCUUACAAUUUUAAUUCAAAUUUGUGUGGAACACCUAUACAAGUCCGCUGUCAAGUCUCAUCUCCUCCUCCGCCCUCAAAUGGAUCAGUUCCUAUAUUAAUUCCGCCACCACCAGCGCCAGAAAGUGGAAAAGGGUCACUCAAAAUCUGGAGUAUUGCGCUAAUUGCAGCUGCAGCAGCAUUGGUUCCUCUUUGUAUCAUGCUCUUUUUCCUCUGCUAUUACAGAAGAAUCUACCCGAAAAAGACAAAGACUGAGCAGCCAGAAGGUAUUACAGAUGUUAGGGGAAAGAAAACACACUGGUCAGAGAGCACAGACGAUCCAGAGAGAAAGGUUGAAUUAGAAUUUUUCAAUACAAGUAGGCCAUUUUUUGACCUGGAUGAUUUACUAAGGGCAUCAGCUGAAGUUAUUGGAAGGGGAAAACUGGGAACUGCCUACAAAGCCAUGUUGGAAUGCGGUCUUCUUGUUGCUGUGAAGCGGCUCAAGGACAUGAAUGAUCUAAGCAGCAAGGAAUUCAAUCAGCAAUUGCAGCUGCUUGGAAAGCUCAGACACCAAAAUCUUGUUGAGAUAAUUUCAUUUUAUUAUUCCAAAGAGGAGAAGCUUAUUAUCUAUGAAUAUGUUCCACAGGGAAACUUGUUCCAGCUGAUACAUGACAACAGAAGAUUUCGACAACAACCAUUAAACUGGAGGACAAGACUAUCCAUCAUCAAGGACAUUGCCAAGGGACUAAAUUUUCUUCACCAGUCAUUACCUUCUCACAAAGUGCCUCAUGGGAACCUCAAAUCUUCAAAUGUUCUUCUCCAGGAUUACACGAAUGCUAAUCAAGGGAUAGUUAAAGGUGGUUACUACCACUGUAAGCUCACAGACUAUGGAUUCUUGCCUCUUCUACCUUCCGGGAAAUCAUCUCAAAAGCUGGCCGUUGCGAAAUCCCCCGAGUUUUGUCAAGGAAAAAGACUGACAGCCAAGGCAGAUAUCUAUUGCUUCGGCAUUCUUGUGUUAGAGAUCAUAACUGGCAAGACACCAGCUGGUCAUAAUUGGGCCACAAGAGCACAAGAAAGCUACGAGGACUAUGAUGUGGUGGAUGAUCUCUCAGAUUGGGUUAGAACAGUUGUGAACAACGAUUGGUCCACAGAUAUACUGGAUAUGGAGAUUCUUGCAGAAAAGGAAGGGUACGAUGAGAUGUUGAAGCUCACAAACAUAGCUCUAGAGUGUACAGAUAUAGCACCGGAAAAUAGACCUAAAAUGAAUGAAAUCUUGCGAAGGAUAGAAGAGGUGGAUACUACCCAAGUCUAA